AUGUCCACCAACGCCGUUGAGAACACCGAAGCAGUUGCUGCUGCCCCGGUUGAUGCUACUGCUCCCACUGCUGUCGAGAACAUGACUGAUGCACUUGCCAACACCACUAUCUCUGAUGAGACUAGUGCUGCCGAUGCUGCUCAUGCUGCCUCUGCUGCUGAGGGCAGGAGACUUUACAUCGGAAACCUGUCUUACGCUACCACUGAUGAAGAGCUGAGGGCUUUCUUCUCUGGGUUUGAGAUUGAAUCAUCAUCUAUCCCGACAAACCCACGCAGCGGCCGUCCAGUCGGUUAUGCCUUUGUCGAUCUCAAGACAAAGGAGGAAGCCGAGCGUGCUAUCGUGGAGCUCAGCGGAAAGGAGGUUUCAGAGAGGAAGGUCAGCGUUCAGGUUGCCAAGAAGCCUGGAACUGCCUCUUCCAAGAGGGAGGCCUACAACAACCACUCGGACGAGCAACAGCAGGAGGAUGGACGUGGCGGCAGGGCUCGCGGUGGUAACCGUGCCAACUAUAAUGCCAGCGGUGAGGCUACUGCAGAGGAGGGGACCACCCCCACUGCCAAUGUUCUUCCUCUCACCGAGGCUACCAACACCACUGAGGCUCCUAGCUCUGGUGAUGCACCCGCUGCCCCCACUGGGCCUUCCGCUGAGGGAGACAAUGCCAACUUUAGGGGCAGAAGGAGAGGCCCCCCCGAGAACGGUGUUCCCAGUGCUACCAAGGUCAUGGUUGCUAACCUGCCGUAUGAGCUGACCCAGGAAGAGCUUUUGAAGCUCUUUGCGGACUAUGAUCCGGAGAGUGCCACCAUUGCUCUCCGUCCUAUCCCCCGCUACAUGGUUCGCAAACUCCAGCUACGCGGAGAGCCCCGCAAGGGCCGUGGUUUCGGUUUCGUCACCCUUGCCUCUGAGGAGAUGCAGAAGAAGGCCGUCAGCGAAAUGAACGGCCGCAUGGUCAACGACAGAGAGAUUGCUGUCAAGGUCGCCAUCGAUAACCCGAAGAUUGAGGGAGAGAUCGAAGAGGCCAAGAAGCAACAGCAGCAACAGCAGGAGGGGUCACAGGAGGCCAAGCAAGAAGAGACCAAGGAGAAUGGCGUUGCCGAGACCUUGCCCACUGCUGCUUAUUGA